CAGACAUGAAAUAUGCUUAAGUUACAGCAGCUGCUUUUUAAUCUGGAAAAAUAGUGAAAGUUGAACAUUAUAGUUAUAGUGUGAAUGAUUAAAUUGGUUCAGGUUUCAGUAGUCAGGUGUUUAAAGGCAAAAAUGAGAAUACUAAUGAGACCGUUGCGAUAAAAGUAUAUUUGUGUUAUGAUCAAUCAGAUUAUUGAUAGAAGUAAAAUAACAAAUGAAGUUGAAGAGUUCUUAUUGAAUCAAGAGAUUCGGGCCUUGUCACUAAUGAAUUCAGAAAACAUUGUAAAAAUGUAUGAUUAUUAUCAUAAACCACAAUGUACUUACAUUAUAACUGAAUAUUGUAAUUAAGGUAAAUAAUAAUUCCAGAAUUAUAGGUGAUUUGGGAUAGCUAAUUAAAAGAAAAUAGAGAAUUGAUGAAAUAGAGGCUAUUAAAAUAAUGAAGCAUAUAGUAAAUGGUUUUAAAGAGUAAGUAGCCAAAGGAGUAAUUCACAGAGAUUUGAAACCAAUAAAUAUUUUAAUAAGAAAUGGGAUCCCAAAAAUAGCAGAUUAUGGAUUUUCAAAAAUGAUGAACGCACCACCAGAAACGAUCUACUAUAAUGUAGGCACUGCAUUAUACAUGUCUCCUUAAACUAUGAUUAAAAAUACCUAUUCUGAAAAAAGUGAUAUUUGGAGUUUGGGAGUAAUCUUCUAUGAGAUGUUAUAUGGAUAAGUACCAUUUUCAGCUUAGAGUGAAAAAGACUUGGCUUAAGUUAUGUUAAAGACAGUGCCAUAAUUUCCAUAAAAUAUUUCAGUAUCAAAGGAAACAAUUGAGUUCGUUUUAAAAUGCCUAUCUGUUGAUGAAUCAAAAAGAUUCUCAUGCAGUGAUUUAGAACAUCAUCCCAUCUUCUAUCGUAGACAUACUUUGACUGCACCUCGACCUAUUGGAGAUAGAAAUCCAUCAGUUAAAAAUAGAGACAAUUACUCACCUCAAAGAGCUACAGAAUAUCAACCUACUCGUAAGAUUAAUUUUAUAGCUUAAACUGCUAUGCCUUAAUCUGCAUUAAAAAGUAGAGAAAGCGUAAGAUAUCUUACUUAAAAUGAUGAAGUCAUUUAAGCUUAAUUCUAAUUUAUUGAAUUGAUGUUUAGAAUUCUUAAAGUUCUUGAUAAACAAUAAGUACUCAAUUAAGAUUUUUAAAUCAAAUUGAAAUUCUUAAUCAUUAAAAACAUGUUCUUCAAAACAAUUUUGCUUAGAGAAGUUGUUGAAAAAAAAAAGAAUGUAUUAUAACUCUAUGAGUUUGAUAAUUACAUUGAGACUGCCGGUAAAUAUUCAACUCAAGUUCAUGAACUCUAUCAAAUUGCCAAAGAAUAUCACGAUAAAUAAGUAAAACUCAUUAUAAUUCUUAGUAUCAAAUGAUUGAAAGUAAUCAUGCUCUAAAACAAUCUGUAUUAAGAGAUCGAAGCUUUUAAAAAAUCUAUGAAAACUUCAAAUCAGUAACCGAAAGCUAUGAAUUUUAUUUACUCUUUAGCACUCUGUUAUAAAGAUGCAUUAGAGAUUUGUUUAACAAAUGUAAUAGCAGAUUAGCUGGAGCACAUGAUUCAUAAUAAUUGUAAUUGUAAGAUGAAACUAUGGUUUAUGUAUUGGAAUAGUUGACAUUCUACUACAGUUUGCUAAGACUAAUAAUAGAGAAUAAUAAUAAUAUAUAGAUUUUUACUAAAAAAGCUUAGAUCAGUAGAAUUUUGUAGGCAGUUCCAGAAUAAAUUACAAAAAGCAACUUGAUGAGUAUCAGAUAAUCCAUACAGGAGAUGAAAAUAUGAAAAGAAUAACUAUUU